AUGUCAUCUAUCGUCGCAGUGUUCGCCUUCCUCCUGGCAUCUGUCGCCGUUCAAGGCCUAGAAGAACAGCUACCACAGGUUGCCUUAGAGGCACUUAUGGAACUCAACAUGGAUUAUAGCGAAACGCUGGAAUGGAAUGAAGACUUGGUCGAGGAAGCGCUGAAAAAUUCAAAGUCUCCAGGACAAGCCGAAGCUGACCUAAAGAUUGCAGUGGAUCAAAAAAUAUCCAGUACGAAAAAACCGAUUGCGCUGAGAAUGAUAACAAUGUUCAAAAGAAAUCUCGACAGGAAACGAGAAGAGAUCCGUGCCCUGGGAGACGGGGCACAGUUCGGAUGUAAUGGCGUUAUCAACAAGACGACGCCGAAGAGUUCAGUGUUCGCCCUUUGCCUCUACAAGAGAAAAUCUACGUGA